GGUGAAGGGUCACCGUCAACAUGGCGGCGAACAUGGCAAAAUUUCGGCUAUCGAAGUGUUUGAAGAUAGUUGGAGAAAAUAGAGUGUUUCCGCGUAGUUUUAGAAGUCGUCACUUGGCCAAAUGGCAGACAGAGGGCACGUCAGGCGUGAGAUGGGCCCACACCAGCCCGUGGACGGACGGGGGGAGAGUCAGCGAGGUCAGCGUGGAAGUCGGAGACAAAGUCAUGAGAAUAUCAACUGGAAAGUUUGCAAGAUUUGCCGAUGGCUGUGCAGUUGUUGAGCUUGGUGACACAUCUGCCAUGGUGACAGCAGUCAGCCGUACCAGACCCAGCUCUGCAGGGUUCCUGCCUCUCACCGUUGACUACAGACAGAAGGCGGCGGCGGCUGGUCGGAUCCCCACCACCCACCUGAGACGUGAGCUGGCACAGACAGACAGGGAGAUCCUGGUCAGCAGACUCAUUGACCGAUCCAUCAGACCAUUGUUUCCUGCAGGAUACAUGUAUGAGACACAGGUCAUCAGUAACCUCUUGGCUGUAGAUGGGGUCAACGACCCUGACAUUGCCAGCAUCAAUGGAGCUUCCACUGCCCUAGCACUGUCAGACUGUCCAUGGAAUGGUCCUAUUGGUGCAGUAAGAGUAGGGAUCAUUGAUGAUGAGUACAUCAUUAACCCCACACGGAGGCAGCUGUCCAAAAGUAAACUCAACCUAGUGGUGACCGGAGCAGAGAAGAACCUUGUCGUGAUGUUGGAAGGUUCAGCAGAAAACGUCCUGCUUCCAGACUUCCAGCGAGCCAUCAAGACGGGUAUUAAGGAGACCCAGAAGAUCAUCCGGGGCAUCCAGACUCUUCAGAAGGAGGCGGGGAAGGAAAAGAGAACCCCUCCCAAACUCUUCACACCCCCGGAGGAGAUAUUGGAACAGGCCAGGAAACUUGCUACAGAAAGACUUCAAGUUGUUUUUACAGAUCCUUCACAUCAUAAGUUUUCUCGUGACAAUGCUGUACAAGAAAUCCGGGCUGAGGUGGAGGAAAAAUUAAAGGAGUUGUUUCCCGAGGCUGAACCCUUCAUGAUCAAUGAAGCCAUCAGUGUGGUCACAAAACAGGUCUUCAGGAACCUCAUUCUGGACACGUAUCAAAGAUGUGACGGGCGUGAUAUGACCUCCCUGAGGGACAUCUCCUGUGAUGUGGACCUGUACAAACCCUUACACGGGUCAGCACUGUUCCAGAGGGGACAGACACAGGUUUUGUCCACAGUGACAUUUGACUCCAAGGAAUCUUCACUGAAAAUGGAUCCUAUCACUGAGAUUCUUGGUGGUUUGAAAAAGAAGGACUUCAUGCUUCAUUAUGUGUUUCCCCCCUACGCUACUAAUGAGACAGGCCGGGUGUCCUCCAACUCAAGAAGAGAAUUGGGGCAUGGUGCUUUAGCAGAGAAUGCCCUAAAGCCAGUUGUUCCCUCAGACUUCCCCUUCACUAUAAGACUGACUGCAGAGGUUCUGGAGUCCAAUGGUUCUUCCUCUAUGGCCUCAGCUUGUUCAGGCAGCCUGGCACUUAUGGAUGCUGGGGUGCCCAUCUCUGCUCCUGUAGCAGGUGUAGCCAUAGGUCUGGUAACCAGGACUGACCCUGACAACCCCACAGACAUCCAGGACUACAAACUACUCACAGACAUACUGGGUAUAGAAGACUACAUGGGAGAUAUGGACUUCAAGAUGGCAGGAACCAAGAAAGGAGUAACAGCUCUGCAGGCUGACAUCAAGUUACCAGGCCUGCCGCUGAAGAUUAUAAUGGAGGCCACCCAGCAGGCCACCAUGGCCAAGUCUGACAUCAUUAACAUCAUGAACAGGACGCUGGCCAAACCCAGGAACACUAGGAAGGAGUACGGACCGGUAUCUGAAAAGCUGAAAGUGCCCAUGGCCAAGAGAGCCCAGUUUGUGGGUCCUGGAGGGUACAACAUCAGGAACAUCACAGCAGAGACAGGAGUGAGCAUCACACAGGUGGACGAGGAAACGUUCUCGGUGUUUGCGCCAAACACUGCCGCCAUGAACGAGGCACGGGAACAGAUCGACGAACUGCUGAAGGACAAGAGAGAACCACAGCUGGACUUUGGUGCCAUUUACACAGCUACCAUCACAGAGAUCAGGGAGAGUGGUGUGAUGGUGAAACUGUUCCCCACCAUGCAGCCCACACUGUUACACAACUCACAACUGGACCACAGAAGGGUAAGCCAUCCGUCUGCUCUCGGUUUUGACGUCGGACAAGAAAUGUCAGUCAAGUACUUUGGGCGGGACCCGGCCACCGGGAUGAUGAGACUGUCGCGGAAGGUCCUGGUUGCGCCCGCGUCGUCCGUGGUCAAGAACUUGAACCUGACCCGAACUCCCGCCUCGCCCUGGGUCACACGGACAUCCGGAGAACAGAAGGAAGAAGAGAAUGAGGAGGUAGAGGAGGAGGAGAGUACUAGUGAGGAUGGACAGAAUGAGAGAGAGAAAGAGGAAGGACAUGGGAACGAGGUGAAGGAAGGUUCGGACAGACCGGAGAACACAAGUUCCAGCCAGUCAACAACACAUGCAGCAACGUGACCGUUUUUUUUGGCGAUGCCUCAGGGGCAGAUCUUUUAUAUAUUGUCACUGCUGUGCAGGAACAUGGUCCAAUUUGUGACAAAUCAGCAUUUCUGUUGUUGUCAAGGCUUGGGGCAGCUUAAGAUUACAUGAAAGAUACAGCUAAGCUAUACAUGUAAUUUCAAGUUGACUCAGAAAUUUAAAAGGCAUUACAAUGUAUCUUUUAACUGCUGGUAUGAGUAGAAACAAAGAUAUUAUAUAGCGUCCGUUUAUUCAAAGCACAAGCACAAAACUUUGCUGUAUUUGUGUACUCUUUUUUUCAUUCCAUAUUAGCUUCAUUCUUCAGGAUAUCACCAAAUUACUUUUAUCUGCCUCUUUCGGUACAUUUGUCUCAUACAUGUACAUGUACAUGUACAUUGAUAAUGUAAAAUACAUGUAUUAUCAUUAAGUCCCAGUUUACCAGAUUAGAUGGAGAUU